AUGCCUGUCAACGCCUUUGCGCCAUCACGUCUACCGCCUCCAGCUAGUGCUAGCGAGUCACCAGCUCGCGAUGCAAAGACAUCCACGCCUGAUGGUGAACGCACGAAACCUAAGCAGAAGCGUAACAAGCCUACGCUGAGCUGCGAAGAAUGUGUCGAGCGCAAGACUAAGUGUGACCGAGGACGUCCGGGGUGCUUGGCUUGCAUCAAACGGCAAUCGACUUGUAGAUACACUCACGUUGCUAAUCUGAUAGCUGAUGCAAGGUAUCUAGAUACAUCAAGAAGGGGAGGCAAGAUGUAUAUGCUGACAUCCGCCAAAGCCAGAAAGACAACGGACCUGAUAAGCAAAAACAUAUGGUCAAGCCACCACCAGCCAAGAGAAAACUCAAUGGCUCUUUCGAUGGCUCCUCAUCUUCCCCAGCCAGUUCCCUUCUCGAAACAAACACCAUCUAACAUUUUUGGCAUUGGAUCAUCUCACCCAUUCACAAACUACUGGACAUGUCAAGGCGGUUUACCUGAGGUCCUUGCAGUGCUACCAAGCAAGCAGCAGGCCGACAUCUUAAUCGCCAAGUACUUUGAAUGCGUGGCUCCUGUGUAUCCUUUUCUACAUCGACGAACCUUUUACGUGGCAUACGAGCGGUUCUGGGCCUUGCCGGAGAAGGAACGCGAAACCGCCGAUGCCGAUUUGAUUGCUUUGCACUUUGCUCUUUAUGCUAUGGGUACGCAGUUUAUAGAUCUUGCAAGCUAUGACGCGAAGAGUUCAAGUGCCGAAUUUCUGGCUUCCGCUGCCAAUCAGGCACUUCGCAUCUACUCUUACCUCAAUAGGUCAUCUCUGAGAGCUCUAGGUGCUCAGAUCCUGUUGUGCUAUUUCUUAAUGAAUGACAACCAUGCAUCAGAUGCAUACGCUUGGUCAGGAAUUAUUGUACGACAGGCCUACGCACUGAGACUUCAUCGCGACCCUGAUAUCAUCCUGCCAAACAUCUCACCUGUGGAGAAGCACACGCGAAGGAGGUUUUGGCAGGCCAUUCUCCAUCAAGACACAUUCCUUACUGUGCUUCUCAAGCUGCCGCCGACAGCCACUCAUAGCGAUGUGUCAAUUGACUCUUUGACCAAUGAGACAGAGGUUGAAGCUCAAGAUUCGACCAGAUACACAGGCAGCACAGAUGUCCUAUACGUAAAGUCACUGUGGCGGCUGGCACUCAAAGUCCAGGAAAACCUCUGCUCUCCAGUUUCUCUGUCCAUUCCGAUAGCCAAGAACGCCCGCGCAAAAACAACAUUGGUCAACUCUUUCCGCGAAAUCUGGAAGUCUGCUCCGUCAUUCCUUACGACUUCGGACUAUGAAACUCUGCGGCAGAUGGCUCAGCAUAGCGGUAGAGCGGUUCGCCAAAACUUGUUUUUCACAAGCAAUUACUACCACUGUUUGAUGAUCAUCCAAGCGUUCGAAGAUGCAGAGGUGGGAGUAGAGCUCAACUUCCGCGGCGCACUAGAAGCAGCCCACGAAGCCAUUUGGGCUUACUUCAAGCUCGAUGACUUUUUCCAGGGUGAUGCUGGCGUUUGGUGGGUUUUCCAACACCGAGCUUUCGAAGAAGCUCUAACGAUGACUGAUCUUCUGGCCACCCUACCAGCUAACGAGACCAACUCGAAAGACCAGCUCUUCACAAAGUGCAAAGAAGCAGUGCGUCGUAUGAUUGAAGUCCUGCAGCGACAAGGCGGAUCUCAAGAGAUGAAUAAGCACAGACAUGGCGCAUUGCUCACUGCAUACGAGCAUGUCACCAUCUGA